AAUAACCCGGUUUCGCUCGGAAAGCCGGCACGAGCAACAGCCUCUAUACGCGUUUUUAUUUCCUCCAAGAUACUGAACCAAAUCGCUUUUGCUUCUCUCCUGCGAAAACCCUAGUGUCAGCACAGAAUUCGCGGUUGCCGUAGCGAUGGAUAUUGAGGAGGAGAUUCGCUCAUUACAGCUUGACUCAACAGCAGAAGAUAGUGAUGGUGUGGUUAAUCCAGAAAAUGCAAAGCCUGAAGAAGUUGAGAUGUUAGAUAACACGGUGGGAGUAGGCUUAGAAUCCCAGGCUGAUGCUGGUGUGAACUCCCAGGCGGCCCUUACUGAUGCUGAAGUGAAUGAGCAGGUUGUAUUACCCCCAGAGGCCAUUGAAGAACGAGAUGAGAUGGAAGAAAAUGCUAGGAAGCGACAUUUGAAUGUGGUUUUCAUUGGUCACGUUGAUGCUGGUAAAUCCACGGCUGGAGGCCAGAUUCUAUUUCUUAGCGGCCAUGUCGAUGAACGUACGAUUCAAAAGUAUGAGAAGGAAGCGAAGGACAAAAGUAGAGAAAGCUGGUAUAUGGCUUAUAUUAUGGACACAAAUGAAGAGGAGAGGGUUAAGGGUAUAACAGUUGAAGUUGGGAGAGCACAUUUUGAAACGGAAACAACUAGAUUCACAAUUUUAGAUGCACCUGGUCACAAGAGUUAUGUCCCUAACAUGAUUAGUGGUGCAUCCCAAGCUGAUAUUGGUGUACUUGUGAUUUCUGCUCGGAAAGGGGAAUUCGAAACUGGAUAUGAGAGAGGUGGACAGACUCGUGAACAUGUUCAGCUUGCUAAAACAUUGGGUGUGUCUAAGCUUCUUGUUGUUGUAAACAAAAUGGAUGACCCAACUGUGAACUGGUCUAAAGAAAGGUAUGAUGAGAUUGAGUCGAAAAUGAUACCAUUCCUUAGGUCUUCAGGCUAUAACGUGAAGAAAGAUGUUCAGUUUCUACCAAUAUCUGCUCUGCUUAGUACAAAUAUGAGCACAAGAAUAGAUAAAAGUGUAUGCACGUGGUGGAGUGGCCCCUGCCUUUUUGAAGCCCUUGAUGCUAUUGAAGUUCCUCUGCGGGAUCCUAAAGGUCCAUUUAGGAUGCCUAUAAUUGACAAAUUCAAAGACAUGGGAACUGUUGUUAUGGGAAAAGUAGAAUCUGGAAGCGUGCGUGAGGGUGAUUCCUUGUUGGUCAUGCCAAAUAAGACUCAUGUGAAAGUUCUUGCUGUAUUCUGCGACGAAGACAAGGUUAGGCAUGCAGGACCUGGUGAAAACUUACGUUUAAGAUUAUCUGGGGUAGAUGAGGAUGAUAUCUCUUCAGGGUUUGUGUUGUCCAGUGUUGCAAGGCCAAUAGCUGCUGUUACGGAGUUUGUUGCUCAGUUGCAGAUCCUUGAGUUACUGGACAAUGCAAUUUUCACUGCUGGUUACAAGGCUAUCUUGCACAUCCAUGCAAUUGUGGAGGAGUGUGAAAUUGUUGAGCUGCUACAACAAAUUGACCCAAAGACGAAGAAAGCAAUGAAAAAGAAACUUCUGUUUGUGAAGAAUGGUGCUAUUGUUGUUUGUCGUGUCCAGGUGAACAGUUCGAUAUGCAUAGAAAAAUUUGCAGAUUUUCCACAGCUUGGCAGGUUCACUCUCCGUACUGAAGGUAAAACAGUUGCUGUGGGGAAAGUCACCGAUCUUUCACUUCCAAGUGCUUAAGCAAUUUUGACAUUGAGGUUGGGUUUCCCUCGUAUUUUGAAUAAAUCGGAGUGAGGACACAAACCUAGUCAAGUGACUGCAUGAGGAGCAUUGAUUACAGAGAUUGGGUUUUAUGGAGGAUGUUUGUUACCGGAGCAAAUGGUGUUUCUUUGGAUGACACUGUUAACCGGCAUUUAUUUCAUAAUUCUCAUAUUGUAUUGUUAAUAUAUUAAAGGUGGAGUGAUUUUGGGUUUUGUCUAUCUGGUGCUGAUAUCAUACUACAUUGGGCGUCACUUGUUUCAUGUUUGCAUUAUAUAUUAUAAUCUUAUCGAACCCGAUGGCUUUCCUUCGCAUUUGGUUAAUGCUUGGUGUUACUAUCCAGUUUUAGUA